AGUGCUGCUGGCAGUUGCAAUUCGUCACAGCGCCUCGACAACGCUUCUGCCGGACUGACCGUGCUUUGAAAUCUGUGCGAGCAUGCUUGAGCAAUAGUCUAACCGGUCUCGAUCCAUACGAUUUUCCGCAUCUGGGGCCAAUUGGUUCACCCUCCCAUAUUUUCUUUCCACACAGCAUAUCGUGCAAUAUGCUUCAACACAGGGUCGCCCUGAGGGGCAUUCGACUGCCAUUCCGAUGCAUGUCCUCGCCUUCUGUGCGCGCCUAUUCUACAGGUGCUCAGCAACCAACAGAACCUGCCUCAAGCUCCGACCUCGAUCCCAGCCUUGCAUUCGCUCCUCCUCCUAUUCGCCUGGAUUCCACCAUUAACAUGCGAAAGUACACACCGCGUACGCCUGGUCUUCGACACUUGCGAAGGCCUGUAAAUGAUCAUCUGUGGAAGGGUCGGCCGGUACACAAGUUGACGUUUCCCAAACGUGGACAAAGCAAGGGAGGUAGGAAUAACACGGGCAGAGUUACCGUGCGGCAUCAUGGUGGCGGACACAAGCGCCGUAUUCGAAUCAUCGACUUCAAACGAGAUGCCCCUGGUCCGCAUCUUGUCGAGCGCAUUGAACACGACCCCGGACGGAGUGCCCACAUUGCACUGGUUCGCAGCAAAGAAACACAAAAGUUAAGCUAUGUCGUGGCUGCAGAUGGCUUGAGGGAGGGCGAUGUUGUGCAGAGUUACAUGGCUGGUAUCCCUGAAGACCUCUGGAAAAGCAUGGGAGGGGCUGUUGACCCCGGUGUGAUGGCUGCCCGAACUGCCUGGAGAGGUAACUGUUUGCCUCUACACAUGGUUCCUGUUGGAACACUUAUAUUCAACAUCGGAUUGCGCCCAGGCGGCGGUGGACAACUUUGCCGUAGCGCCGGCACAUAUGGGACGCUCAUUUCCAAAGGUGUUAACCAGGUGAAUGCAGCCGACAAAGAAAAGCAGGAAACCCAAAGCGAAACAGAAGAGCCGAAGCCAUUGACGCAGCGCGAAAAACAAAUCCGGGAACGCACCCUUAACCAUGUCACUAUCCGGCUUUCCAGUGGUGAGGUCCGUAUCAUCCAUAAAGAUUGCUGUGCCACCGUUGGUGUCGCUAGCAACCCGAACUAUAAGUACACCCAGCUAGGAAAGGCGGGUAGAUCGCGCUGGCUUAACGUCCGGCCGACGGUCCGUGGUCUUGCCAUGAACGCUGCUGACCACCCUCACGGUGGUGGACGAGGAAAGUCCAAGGGUAAUGUUGACCCGAAAAGUCCUUGGGGUCUUCCGGCGAAAUCCGGAUACAAGACUCGGCCCAAGUGGAAGGUCAACAAGGCUGUUGUUAUCCCCAGAGUCCGUAACCAGGGCAAGCGCCGCAGAGGAUACCACUAGACGCAUUCGCGUUCGUCUCAACCCGGACUUAUGGAAUUCUUCUCAUCCAUUUUCUGUAAUUAUUGUAUUAUACAAAUGUUUGCCUACUGAAUACAGGCUCUGUCGCCUUGUCCAGGGGUUCCUAUCUCGCUGUUAUACUUGGGCUGAGUUCGUUCAUGGUUCUUUCUGCGACGGCGUUGAAUUUGUACAUUACGGGCUACGAUAGAAAUACAUAAGCCUGCUUUCCAGAAGUUAUC